AUGGAUGCAAUGCCUUUUCAAAAGCCAGCCAGGCGUCUGAGACGACGGAGAACUCAAGGAGACAAGUUUCGUUUGUUCACAUUGCACGCCUCGAUGGAUGAAAGGCAGGCGAAGGCAAAGGUGGAUGUAGCAAAACCGCAAACAGUGCGUUGCACGGAGGUCGAAUUGGUACCAGACUUGCUUAACAGAUCUAGAAAGGAUUGCAAGAACAAGAAAGGAUUAGAUGAAAGACACCCGUCUAAGAAAGCAGGAUUGCGACAAGGAUUCAACACUACUGAUUACACACGAUGUUUCGAAACUUGUUGA